UUCUGUCAAACAUGGCUGUGCUCUGGAAGAAGGAAAAAUGCUGAAUUGUGUUGGUAUAUCUCUGGAAAAGCAGCAGACAUGGCUAGAUUGGCUGACUAUUUUAUUGUCGUGGGAUACGACCAGGAGAAAGCCGGUUCAGGAGAAGGAUGUGGAAAGAUCAUUCAGCGGUUCCCCAAGAAAGACUGGGAAGGAACAGCCUUUCCACAGGGCGUGGAGAUGUUCUGCCAGCCUGGAGGUUGGAGGCUGUCCAGGGACAGGAAGACACCCACCUUCUUUACUGUGGUGCUGACUGACAUCGACUCAGACCGACACUACUGCUCAUGUCUCACUUUCCACGAGGCCGAGGUCAAUCUGCAGGGAUCAAAGAAUAUCGAGGCUGACGGAGAUGAAGACGAGGAGGAAGAGGAGGACGGCCUGAUCCAGCCAGCUCAAGUGUUUGCACCUAAAAGUCUAAUUCUCGUGUCCAGGCUGGAUCAUCCUGAAAUAUUCCGGGGGUGCUUGGGUCUGAUCUACACCGUGUACAUCGACAGCCUGAAUUUCCCUUUAGAGGGCCUGGUGGCCAAUCUCUUCACGUUCCUGGUUCCUGUAGCUGGAGGUUCUCAGAAACUGUUCAGCCUGGGAGCGGGAGACCGGCAGCUCAUCCAGACGCCUCUGAACGACACUCUGCCCGUCACUUGUAAGAGCGUCGCUCUGCUCUUCCAGCAGCUGGGAAUCCAAAACGUCCUGAGCCUGUUCUGUGCAGUUCUGACAGAGCAUAAGGUUUUGUUCCACUCGACGAGCUACCAGCGGCUCGGAGAGGCAUGCCGAGCAUUAGAAGCCCUCAUGUUUCCCCUGAAGUACAGCUACCCGUACAUCCCCAUCCUGCCUUCCCGGCUGCUGGAGGUGUUGAGCUCUCCCACGCCCUUCAUCAUCGGCGUCCACUCCAUGUUUCAGAGUGAAACUCAGGACCUGUUGGAUGUGAUCAUUGCCGACCUCGAUGGAGGAACAAUAAAGAUUCCUGAGUGCAUCCACCUGUCCUUGCUCCCUGAACCUCUGCUAAGCCAAACACAGACAACCUUGUCUCUGGUUUUGCAUCCUGACUUGGAAAUAGCUGACAAUGCUUUUCCUCCACCUCGCACUGCCCCCUCCAACCUUAAGCUUUUGGAUAAGGAAGUGAGAGCCGUCUUCCUCAGGCUGUUUGCACAACUCUUCCAGGGCUACAGGUCUUGCCUGCAGCUCAUCCGCAUCCAUUCCGAACCCGUUAUUCACUUUCACAAGACUGCCUUCCUGGGCCAGCGAGGCCUCAUUGAGAACGAUUUCCUGACCAAGGUUUUGGAUGGCAUGGCCUUUGCUGGCUUCGUCUCAGAGAGAGGUCCGCCGUACCGAGCCUGCGAUCUCUUUGAUGAGCUGGUGGCCUUAGACUUUGAGAGCUUUAAGGAAGAGGAGCUUAACCCUGCCAAGCUGCAGAAGCACAUCAGGGAGCUCUCCGAGCAGCUAUACAGAAAUGAAAACCCAAACCCUCACAUGGCAUUCCAGAAAGUGCCUCGGCCAUCCGAGGGAUCCCACCUGCGUGUGCACCAGGUACCAUUCCCCCUGCUGGAUGACGAAAAGGUGGAGAGGAUAUUGCAGGAGAGUGUGGGAAAACACAGCAACGCACCUUCCUCUACAAGGCCUGAGAAGAAGUGUGUUGUACCUGCGGGACCACCUGUCGCUUCCAUUAUGGGUAAGAGCGGCUCGGUGUUCAACAGCGCUCGCAGGCUGGAGGUGGUGCGAAGCUGCAUUUCCUUCAUCUUUGACAACAAGACCCUGGAGACUGAAAAGAUGCUGCCAGCUGCACUACGAGCACUGAAAGGCAAGGCGGCGCGUCAGUGUCUGACAGAGGAGCUGAGUCUUCAUGUUCAGCAGAAUCGUGCGAUUUUGGACCACCAGCAGUUUGACUACACCGUCCGGAUGAUGAACUGUGCCCUGCAGGACUGCUCCAGUUCGGAGGAGUACACGGUAGCCGCUGCGCUGCUGCCCCUCUCCACGGCCUUUUACAGGAAACUGGCUCCGGGGGUGAACCAGUUUGCCUACAGCUGCAUCCAGGACCAUCCCAUCUGGACCAACCAGCAGUUCUGGGAAGCUACUUUCUACAGUGAAGUUCAGAGUCAAAUCCGAGCCCUUUAUCUGAACACCCCGGGUGACAAGAGCAGCAUCACCGCCAGGCUAAAGGACGCCGGAGUCCCCGCGGCGGGCAGAGAUGAGGAUCAGACAGCCAUGGACUUGGCGGCGGAGCAGCUGCGUUCGUGGCCCGGCCUGGGCAAAGAGAAGCAGCAGGAGCUGGUGAAGAACGAGGAGAGCACGGUGUUCAGCCAGGCCAUCCACUACGCCAGCCUCAUGGUUUACCUGCUGGUGCCUUUGGAUACCAGCAAAAACAAGCUGCUGCGCAGCACCCCCGCCGCCGACUGGGAGAGCGGCAGCAACAGCAUCGUAACCAACAGCAUCGCUGGCAGCGUGGCGGAGAGCUUCGACACAGAAAGCGGGUUCGAGGACUCGGAGAGCAGCGACGUGGCCAACUCUGUGGUCAGGUUCGUGGCUCGCUUCAUCGACAAGGUGUGCACGGAGAGCGGAGUCACCCAGGAGCACAUCAAGAGCCUGCAUAGCAUGAUCCCAGGCAUCGUAGCGAUGCAGAUGGAGGCUCUGGAGGCCGUUCACAGGGAGAGCAGGAGGUUACCGCCCAUCCAGAAGCCGAAGAUCCUGCGUCCAGCGAUGCUCCCCGGAGAAGAGUUGGUGUCGGAGGGGCUGCGGGUGCUUCUGGAUCCCGACGGCAGGGAGGAGGCCACUGGGGGGCUCCUGGGGGGCCCGCACAUCCUCCCAGCAGAGGGAGCCCUCUUCCUCACCACAUAUCGCAUCAUCUUUAAAGGCAUCCCCCACGACCCGCUCGUGGGCGAACAGGCCGUGAUCAGAGCUUUUCCCGUCUCCACUCUGACCAAAGAGAAGAAGAUCAGCAUCCAGAACCAGCUGCAGCAGAACAUGCAGGAAAGCCUGCAGCUGCGCUCUGCCUCAUUUCAGCUGAUCAAAGUGGCUUUUGAUGAGGAGGUGAGCUCGGAGAUGGUGGAGAUCUUCAGAAAGCACCUCCAGAGGAUCCGCUACCCGCAGUCCAUCUACAGUUCCUUCGCCUUCGCCGCGGGACAGACGACACCUCAGCUCAUCCUCCCGAAGCAAAAAGAACGAAACACUGGCUUCAGAACACUGUCGAAAACUAUUGUCAAAGGAGCAAAGCGAGCUGGAAAGAUCACAAUGGGCCGUGGCAGCCAGAGCUCACUGAAGAAGAGCGAGAGGAGCAGCAGAAUGACCUGGAAUGAGGAUGAUGACAUUUCAAUUUCAGACGACGGGGAUCCGCCCCCCAGCAGCACUCUGCGGGCGUCGGAGAAGUCCACCAUGGAGCAGUUGGUGGAGCAGUCAUGCUUCCGUGACUACCAGCGCUUGGGCCUUGGCACCAUCACCGCCAGCUCGUCGCGCUCCAAGUCGGGCGAGCAGUUCAGGAUCACAGCCGUGAACAGACUGUACUCGCUGUGCCGCAGCUACCCCGGCCUGCUGGUGGUCCCUCAGUCUGUGCAGGACAGCAGUUUGCACAAAGUAGCUCGCUGCUACAGACACAACCGCCUCCCUGCCGUGUGUUGGAAACAUCCCCGCACCAAAGCCGUCCUGCUGCGCUCCGGAGGCUUUCACGGCAAGAGCGUGGUGGGACUAUUUAAGUCGCAGAACCCGUCCUCCACAGCGCCCGCCUCGUCCUCUGAUUCGUCCAGCAGUCUUGAACAGGAGAAGUAUCUGCAAGCUAUCCUCGACUCCAUCCCCAUCUACUUCAAAAUGAACGGCAGCAACACCCUGUCGAACCGCUCCCUCAUAGGCCUCUCCCCAGGCAGCGAAAGGAGAACGUCCAGGAUACCAAAGAUGGCUCCUGUUCAUUUAGACCUCCCGUUUUCAAACAGCUUCACCAGAGGAGUGCUUGAGUACAGAGAUAAACUUUUCACUCACUCAAACCCAAAACCUGCCAUUAAGGAGCGAGUCCACAGUCCAGGCAUGUGGGCCAGCCUGCGCUCCAGCAGCAGCAGGCUCAGUCAGCACACGGGAGGCGACGUGGGUGCCAGGCUGGCAGGGAAAGAUCUGGCGCCUCCUGCAGGAAGCAACAGUCUGCAGGCCCAGCUCCUCAAGCAGCAGGCCGCGCUUUACGUCUUCGGAGAAAAAUCCCAUCUCAGGGGCCUAAGAGUGGACUCGUCUCUGAACUGUGAACUGGUGCCGGUGGACUUUGCAGACACGCGGCAGGUGAAGGCUGCUUUCAAAAAGCUGCUGAGGGCCUGCGCCCCCAGCGCCACCUCGUCCGACUCCGAGGACUCCUUCCUCAAAGCCCUGGAGGACUCUGAAUGGAUCCUACAGCUUCACAAGAUCCUGCAGCUGGCAUUGUUUCUGGUGGAGCUUCUGGACAGCGGCUCGUCUGUGCUUCUCAGCCUGGAGGACGGCUGGGACAUCACCACGCAAGUGGUGUCUUUGGUGCAGCUGCUGAGCGAUCCCUUCUACCGAACCCUGGAGGGUUUCCAGGUGCUGCUGGAGAAAGAGUGGCUUUCCUUCGGCCACAAGUUCAGCCAGCGGAGCAACCUGAGCCCCAGCAGCCAGGGCAGCGGCUUCACGCCCAUCUUCCUGCAGUUCCUGGACUGCGUGCACCAGAUAUUGGAGCAACAUCCUCUGGAGUUUGAGUUUAAUCAGUAUUAUCUGAGAUUCCUGGCCUAUCAUCACAUCUCUAAUCGCUUCAAGAACUUCCUGUUGGACUCAGACUACGAGCGCCUGGAACAUGGCUUGUUGUUCGAGGAUAAGGGCGAUAAGCAGACGCGGCGAGGCAUCUGUAUCUGGGAGUGCAUCAACAGGAUGCACCGGAGGAGUCCCGUCUUCUUCAACUACCUGUACAGCCCUUCAGAGAGCGACGUGAUCCUGAAGCCCGCCAUCAGCAUCCCCAGCCUGAUCAAGUGGGGCUUCUUCACCGACGAGACUCUGUCCACCGGGCCGUGCUACGACUGGAGGAUGAUGGCCGUCAGGCCGGACAGCUCCGAGGAGACUGACACCAUCUCCAGCAGCAAGCGGAGGAUCGUCUGGCCGUGCUACAGCAGCGUGAGCCGCGCCCAGCCGGACGCCAUCACCAAACUCCUCGCUGAUAUCGAGAAGUUGGAGGGCGAGCUGAACCAGGCCCCGGAGAAAUGGCACGCCACUCUGGAGAGAGUCCGAAUCAGCAUCCAGGAAGACCUCAAACAGGAAGGAAAUCUCCGGAAGCAGUCGCUGUCCAUCUCGGGCCUCAUUCCCACGUCCAGCCUGCAGGCCUUCCAGCGCCGCUCCAUGCUGCACCUGCCAGACAGCGCUCUGGGCGAGGACCGCGGCACCGCCACGGCCAACGGCAUCAACCGACGCGCCGCCACGCUUUACAACCAGUUCACCCCCAAGAGCGAGGAGAACAGGUCCUAUGAGGGGAUCCUGUAUAAACGCGGAGCGCUGCUGAAAGGCUGGAAGCCUCGCUGGUUCGUCCUGGACAUCACCAAGCACCAGCUGAGGUACUACGACACCGGAGAGGACACGAACUGCAGAGGACACAUCGACCUGGCCGAGGUGGAGUCCGUGAUGAUCGCCGCGCCCACAAUAGGAGCGCCCAAACACAUCAGCGAAAAGGCCUUCUUCGAUCUGAAGACCAGCAAGAGAGUGUAUAACUUCUGCGCCUCGGACGCUCCCAGCGCUCAGGUGUGGAUGGACAAGAUCCAGAACUGCAUCUCUGACGCCUGAAGACUCGCGCCUGUGGCCGGCGCCGCCGUGAGGAGACCGCUGUCUUAAACUUCGGGGACCACCGUGAAUAAAGUGCCUGGUAGCGGAAGACGGGCGCCGCUUGUUCGUCCGUCCAUCCGUCCGCCUCGUCGUCGUCCCCUCCGCCCCGCUGCUCGGCGGCCGGACUCUCCGGUCUCUGCCGUCCGGGGAGGCGAAGAUGAGCCGACGUCUGAGGGGACUGCACUACCGAGCGGGAGCUCAUCCCACUUAAAACUGUAAAUAAAUCGAAGCAAUAUCACUGGCCAUUAAAACUGUGGGUUCAAUUUUAGACGUGAAAAAAAAAAAAACAAAAAGAAAAAAAAAAUAUCUUGUCAGAGAAUUUCUAUCAGAUAUUUUACUACGAGGAAAGGUUAUUGCUGCUUACAGAGACAUAUGAACUGCCAAAAAAAAACACUCAGAGAUUUUAAUGCACAACAUGAAAA